UCUGAUGAAGAAACAAACUCACAUUCUGUACAUCUCGGAUGGCUUUAGUAAAUCAGCAUUAACACAGAUUAAUAAAUGCUGUGAAAAAGUUUAUGAUAGUUCAUUAUAUUUAUCACAAUAACACUUUAUUUGUAAAGUGUUAAUUAAUGAAUUUACUCUUCAGGGGUCACUGUGUGGGAGUUGAUGACAUUUGGAUCCAAACCAUAUGAUGGAAUCCCAGCCAGAGAGAUUGCAGAUAUUCUGGAGAAGGGAGAGCGUUUGCCACAGCCGUCCAUCUGCACUAUUGAUGUGUAUAUGAUCAUGGUCAAAUGUUGGAUGAUUGACGCUGACAGCAGACCUCACUUCCGUGAACUUGUAGCAGAGUUUUCAAAAAUGGCCCGAGAUCCAUCCCGCUACCUUGUCAUUCAGGGAGAUGAUCACAUGUUCCAGCCCAGCCUGACGGAUUCGAAGUUCUGCAUGACGUGGAUCAGUACAGAAGAUAUGGAUGGUGUGGUAGAUGCAGAGGAAUACCUGCUACCCAACAAACGAUUCUUCAACCAAUCACAACCACCACCGAUGCCUCAGUAUCACAAUACAGCAGACAACUACACGAAUGGUGUGAUGUUGCGCUACAUUACAGACCCCACGCUUACAGACCUCAUGCUGCCAGGUAUUACCAUACAUUUUAUGAGUUUUAAAAAAUGA